AGAUGACAUGUAGCGGACCUCUGCAUCAGCCAAGAGGAAUUAAGCUUUGUCACUCUCCACUGGGACUACCUUGCUCCUGGUAUGUGCGCAAGGAAUUCAUAUGCUGCUGCCGCCGCAGCCGCCAGAGCAGAGCCCUGAGUACACUUUGCCACAGAGAGCAGUGAGCAAGAAUGAUAGCUGUCUCUUUUAAAUGCCGUUGUCAAAUUCUGAGGCGACUUACUAAAGAUGAGAGUCCCUACACUAAAUCCGCCAGCCAGACAAAGCCGCCUGAUGGAGCGUUGGCUGUGAGGAGACAGAGCAUCCCAGAGGAAUUCAAGGGCUCCACCAUCGUUGAACUAAUGAAGAAAGAAGGCACAACCCUGGGGCUAACAGUGUCGGGAGGAAUUGAUAAAGAUGGCAAGCCAAGGGUAUCCAAUCUGCGGCAAGGAGGAAUUGCUGCCAGAAGUGACCAGUUGGAUGUGGGUGACUACAUCAAAGCAGUGAAUGGGAUCAACCUGGCCAAAUUCCGCCACGAUGAGAUCAUCAGCUUGCUGAAGAAUGUCGGAGAGAGAGUGGUUCUUGAAGUGGAGUAUGAACUUCCACCAGUCUCGGUACAAGGAUCAAGUGUUAUUUUCCGAACUGUGGAGGUCACAUUGCAUAAGGAAGGCAAUACCUUUGGCUUUGUAAUACGAGGGGGAGCGCAUGACGAUAGAAAUAAGUCUCGCCCAGUUGUGAUAACAUGUGUUCGUCCUGGAGGGCCUGCUGACAGAGAGGGCACAAUCAAACCCGGUGACAGGCUGCUCAGUGUGGAUGGGAUCCGGCUUCUGGGAACCACACAUGCAGAAGCCAUGAGUAUUCUCAAACAGUGUGGACAAGAAGCAACGCUGCUGGUUGAAUACGACGUCUCCGUGAUGGAUUCUGUGGCAACAGCAUCUGGGCCACUGCUUGUUGAAGUUGCCAAAACUCCUGGUGCCAGCCUUGGGGUUGCCCUAACUACCUCAAUGUGCUGUAACAAACAGGUCAUUGUCAUAGACAGAAUCAAAUCUGCAAGUAUUGCAGACAGAUGUGGCGCACUGCACGUGGGGGAUCACAUCUUGUCCAUCGAUGGCACCAGCAUGGAGUACUGCACCCUGGCAGAAGCAACCCAGUUCCUGGCAAAUACCACUGACCAGGUCAAGCUUGAGAUUCUUCCGCACCAUCAAACGCGCCUGGCGCUGAAGGGGCCUGACCAUGUGAAAAUUCAGAGGAGCGACAGGCAACUUCCCUGGGAUUCCUGGGCCAGCAGCCACUGCGGUCUUCAUAGCAGCCACCAGUGUAGCCCGUGCCACCCUGACCAUUGCAGAGCUCCAGCCCCGACAUCCCCAAGAGCGCCUCCUCCAAACAGCCCUCCAGCUUUGGUGUCCUCAUCCUUCUCUCCUACCUCCAUGAGUGCAUACAGCCUGAGUUCCCUGAACAUGGGAACCUUACCUCGAAGCCUCUACUCCACCAGCCCACGUGGAACCAUGAUGAGGAGGAGACUCAAAAAGAAAGACUUCAAAAGCUCAUUGUCUUUAGCCUCUAGCACAGUGGGACUGGCUGGCCAGGUUGUCCACACAGAAACUACGGAAGUUGUGCUGACAGCAGAUCCUGUCACAGGAUUUGGGAUCCAACUGCAGGGCAGUGUGUUUGCCACAGAGACUCUUGCUUCUCCACCUCUGAUUUCUUACAUCGAAGCUGACAGCCCAGCAGAGAGAUGUGGGGUGCUACAGAUUGGAGACAGAGUGAUGGCCAUUAAUGGAAUUCCGACUGAAGAUAGCACCUUUGAGGAAGCCAAUCAGCUCCUCCGAGACUCUUCUAUCACCAGCAAGGUCACCCUGGAAAUCGAGUUUGAUGUCGCAGAGUCUGUCAUCCCCAGUAGUGGAACAUUCCAUGUAAAGCUCCCUAAGAAGCACAAUGUGGAACUUGGAAUAACCAUAAGUUCACCAUCCAGUAGAAAACCAGGAGACCCUCUUGUCAUUUCAGAUAUCAAGAAAGGAAGUGUAGCUCACAGAACCGGAACCCUGGAACUUGGGGACAAGUUACUUGCAAUAGAUAACAUCCGGCUGGACAAUUGCUCCAUGGAAGAUGCUGUCCAGAUCCUCCAACAAUGUGAAGAACUUGUGAAGCUGAAAAUCCGCAAGGAUGAGGACAAUUCAGAUGAACAAGAAAGUUCCGGAGCAAUUAUUUACACCGUGGAGCUUAAGCGCUAUGGAGGUCCCCUUGGCAUCACAAUUUCAGGAACUGAAGAGCCGUUUGAUCCUAUAAUCAUUUCAAGCCUAACUAAAGGGGGAUUAGCAGAAAGAACUGGUGCAAUUCACAUAGGAGACCGAAUCCUCGCCAUCAACAGCAGCAGCUUGAAAGGGAAGCCUCUGAGUGAAGCCAUCCACUUGUUGCAGAUGGCAGGCGAGACUGUCACCCUGAAAAUUAAGAAACAGACAGAUGCCCAGUCAGCCUCCAGUCCCAAGAAGUUCCCUGUUCCCAGCCACUUGAGUGACCUGGGGGAUACAGAGGAGGAUUCCUCUACUGCCCAGAAGCCAGGCAAGCUGUCCGACCUGUACCCCUCCACGGUGCCCAGUGUGGACAGUGCUGUGGACUCCUGGGAUGGCUCUGCCAUCGACGCCAGCUAUGGGAGCCAAGGCCCUGGCUUUCAGGCCUCGGGAUACAGCUUCAACACCUAUGACUGGAGGAGUCCAAAGCAGAGAGGCAGCUUAUCCCCAGUCCCUAAACCUCGAAGCCAGACUUACCCAGAUGGGGGACUAAGUAGUGAAGACUGGGACCGCUCCACAACCAGCGGCUUCGCGGGAACAGCCGACAGCGCGGAGGCGGAGCAAGAGGAGAACUUCUGGUCUCAAGCGCUGGAGGAUCUAGAAACCUGUGGCCAGUCAGGAAUUCUGAGAGAACUUGAGGAGAAAGCUGACAGGCGUGUGUCUUUGAGAAACAUGACUCUCUUGGCAACAAUCAUGUCGGGGAGCACGAUGAGUUUGAAUCACGAGACCCAAACACCUCGCAGUCAACUGGGGCGACAGGCCAGCUUCCAGGAACGUGGCAGCUCUCGUCCACACUAUAGCCAGACAGCUCGGAGCAACACCCUGCCUUCAGAUGUGGGCAGGAAGUCUGUGACUCUGAGAAAAAUGAAACAAGAAAUCAAGGAGAUCAUGUCCCCAACUCCUGUGGAACUGCACAAGGUGACCUUGUACAAGGACUCUGACAUGGAGGACUUCGGGUUCAGUGUAGCAGACAGCUUGCUGGAGAAAGGAGUAUAUGUUAAGAAUAUUCGCCCAGCUGGGCCAGGCGAUCUUGGUGGCUUAAAGCCCUAUGACAGGCUCUUACAGGUCAACCAUGUCCGAACCAGAGAUUUCGACUGCUGCCUUGUUGUGCCACUCAUAGCAGAAUCUGGCAACAAGCUGGAUCUGGUCAUCAGUAGAAACCCCCUGGCCUCCCAGAAGUCCAUGGACCAACAGACUCUUCCAGAAGGAGACUGGUGUGACCAGAACACUGCUUUUUCCCAGCAGCCCAUCCACAGUGGUAACCUGGAGACACGAGAACCCACUAACACAUUAUAGCAGCACUUUUUAUAAAGCAGGACAAAAGACGUUCUCUACAUGGUGCUAAAAAUCCCUUUCAGAUUUCUGUGAUAUUUCAAGCACAGAGAAUCACACAUGGCAUUAACUGCAAGCACAGGGGUCUUUUAAAUCUCUCAUGGCUCAUGUUCACAUCCCUUUUCAGGUUGAAGAGGUUUCUUUUUGGUGACCACUAUGAUAUAGGGCAGGUACCUUCCUGCCAAGCCCAGUGGUAGAGAAAAAUACGCAGGCUGCCCCUCCCCACAAUUAACAUCGGAGAAAACUUUUUACUACAAGUUCAUCUCACUAUCACUUUUUAAAAAGAGAAAUAUUUGAAAAAAUUCUCUGAUAGUUUCCUUACUUCACUUUCAAAUCAGUUUCUUACUCUAAAGUCAUUUAAGGUAAGAACUUGACCAACAAAAUAGCUUUUCACCAAGCUGGCUCUACUAAGGGAACUGGUAUUUGGGAAACUGUUGGAACUGUGUAAUGGGAGGGGUACCGAUAUAAAAUUAGCUUGAAAUGUUCCAGCAGUGGUGCACGUAGAAGAUCAUAAUAGGUGGUGGUAAAUGUUUUGCCUAAAUAUAGGAAUGAUUUAACUAAGAUGUAUGCUAUUCCCUAUGCAACAAAUGACCAAACAGGAUAUGUCUUGUGACCUGUUUUUUUUAAAGACAUUUUUAAUAGCUAAAAACCUCUGAUAAUGAAUUAGAGUAUGUAGUAACACUAAAUAAUUUCUUUUUAAAUUUCAAGACUAAGAACUUAAGAGAGAAUGCAGAGUCUACUCAAAUGAAGCUCACCUUAAUGAUAGGCAAAUCAAGCUCAUACUGCUUGACGUGUUUUGCAAACUGGUAAUAUUGAGGGGUACACAGCACAUGUACUUACACACGGCACUGGACUAGCUUUUGUUCUGAGCCACGCCACUUACUGAAUUGUAAAUACAUUUUUCACAAAAUGCAUUGCCAAUUAUUACCAUCCUUCAAAGCAAUAAAUUGUGACAGUUGCUUUAAAUGUUUGUUGGCAACUGUUUUCAUUUGUUCAGAUAUUUUGAAUAGAUACACUAAUAAAUGUUAUUUGGUAAAUAUUAAAAAAAAUAGAUCUGUAUAUUGAAGGUAGAAUCUCCAUAUUGAAACAAUUACUUUGCAAACAUUUUCAUUUUGAUCAGCAAUUCAAACAACCACCUAGGCAAAAGCAUUCACACACUGUCGUACAUUUAAGGAAAAAGUUCACCUUUCUUUUUGGGCGAAGAACUGGAUCUCAGUCACAUUUCAGAACCGCCAGGGCAAGAAAGUGUAAAACAGAAUCAUGCUAAGAAGAAAAAAUCAUGAGUCACUUAAAUAUGUAUUUUUAUUUGUAACAAACAAGUAUUAAGCUGUAAAGUAUUUUUGUACAAAUUUAAUACUUUAAUAGCAUGGUAUUUAUCGUCUGUAUGGUUUUGGGGAAUUAAAAAUUCUUGCAAAUAUUUGUAUGAAAAAACCCCUCUACUAAAUGGAAUAAACAGUGAUUUUAAAAAGGAAAAAAAAAAAA